AUGAUUCCCUACCGCCUCAUAACAGCUGUCGCUUUAGGCGGCGCCUACCUUCUUUCCUCUGGGAGAAUCCCACAAUGGACACCGUUCGGUUUCCUCCCUACCUUUGUAGCCUUGUGGGCAGUACAGAGCCUAGCCUAUGCUUUCUGGGCCGUGAUCCUCUACCCAAAGUUUUUCUCCCCGCUUCGCGGCUUGCCUGAACCGAGCGGCAACUCAUGGUUCAUGGGCCAGUUUGGGAAAAUCAGAGCGUCCCCUACAGGAGUCCCCAUGCUCGAGUGGAUCAACUCGGUCCCGAACGAUGGCCUUAUCCGGUACCUGAGUUUGUUCAACCAGGAGAAACUCUUUAUGACCUCGCCCAAGGCCCUUGCCGAGGUGCUCGUUACCAAGAGCUAUGAUUUUGUUCGCCCAGGCCCGGUCCGAUUUGUAUUGGGCCGCAUCUUGGGUGACAGCCUGCUCAUUGCCGAGGGAGACGUACACAAGAUGCAGAGGAGGAAUCUGCUUCCGGCUUUUGCCUUCCGCCAUAUCAAAGACCUUUACCCCGUCUUCUGGACCAAGGCCCGCGAGGGUGUGCAAGCCAUGACCGAAGAAAUAUUGAAGGGUGCUGCGUUGAAUGGCCAACCCGGCGGGCGCUCAGGCGUGAUUGAAGCGUCGAGCUGGGCAUCGCGAAUCACCCUCGACAUUAUUGGCGUGGCCGGCCUGGGUCGUGAUUUCAAUGCUAUCAAGGACCCUGGAAAUCCUCUGACGGAAGCAUAUGCCCGUCUCUUCAAGCCGAGCCGCCAGGCGCGCACCCUCCAGCUGCUCGGCCUGAUCACCCACCCAAGGCUCGUCGCGCUGCUACCGGUCAAGCGCAACGGCGACAUCGACGCGUCCGCUCACCACAUCCGGGCCGUGUGCGCCAAUAUCAUCCAAGAAAAGAAACAGAAGCUAGCGGAGAAGGAACGGACUGACGUGGAUAUCUUGUCCCUCAUGACUUUCCUUGCCGCCGGCCACGAGACCACCGCCUCAUCCAUGACCUGGGCCAUCUACCUCCUGGCCAAACAUCCCGAGGUGCAGAGGCGGCUACGUGCCGAGGUUCGUGAGCACCUACCCCCACCAUCGGGCGCCGACGACGCAGCUUCCAGCAUCUCCAGCGUCGACAUCGACAAGAUGCCCUACCUCAACGCUGUCUGCAACGAAGUCCUACGCUACUACGGGCCCGUCCCCCUGACCCCGCGCGUCGCCGCGCGCGACACUACCAUCCUCGGCCAGCGCGUGCCCAAGGGUACCCAGGUCGUUCUGGUGCCCUGGGCUAUCAACAAGUCUGAAGCAAUGUGGGGUGCCGACGCGCUCGUUUUCAACCCCGACCGCUGGAUGCCCGGGCCUGACGACGCCGACCGCCGUGCGGCCGCUAGUGGUGGCGCUACGAGCAACUAUGCCUUCAUGACCUUCCUGCACGGCCCCCGCAGUUGCAUCGGCAUGUCGUUUGCUAAGGCCGAGUUUGCGUGUCUGCUGGCGUCGUGGAUCGGGAGGUUCGAGGUGGAGCUGCAUAAUAAGGAGGAGUUGGACGAGUCCAGGAUUGAGAUCAAGGGUGGCGUUACCGCGCGGCCGGCUCACGGGAUGUAUGUUAAAGCGACGGUGGUCGAGGGGUGGUGA